UUAGUUAAUUUCAACGCCGAGUGGCUUUACAAAGACAUUUGUGUAUAAUAAUAAAUUCGCGUAAACAGUAGAACAGACUGCGCAUGUGUGGCGGAAGCCGUUUGUGCGCGAGCCGGAAGCUGUAACGUCCUUUCUGUACCCAGACUGCCAUCAUGGUGUUCAAGCGCUUUGUUGAGAUUGGCCGUGUUGCCUACGUCUCUUUCGGACCCCAUGCCGGCAAACUGGUGGCCAUCGUCGAUGUCAUCGAUCAAAAUAGGGCUCUUGUUGAUGGUCCCUGCACAGGCGUGAAGAGGCAGUCCAUGCCCUUCAAGUGCAUGCAGCUCACAGACUAUGUCAUCAAAGUACCACACAGUGCCCGUCAGAAGUUUGUGAGGAAAGCCUGGGAAAAGGCUCAAGUCAACGAGAAGUGGGAACAAAGCAGCUGGGCCAAGAAGAUUGAGGCAAAAGAGAAGAGGGCCAAAAUGUCUGACUUUGACCGCUACAAGGUGAUGAAGGCCAAGAGGAUGAGGAACAAGAUCAUCAAGCAUGAGGUGAAGAAGCUCCAGAAGGAAGCAGCAAAGAAGUGAACAGUUUUCACAAAAUAAAUUUCCUGUUCAAUUGUU